UUGCGUCAUCGGGGCGCGCGCUGCGGACGACGCUGUGGUUGCCGGAAGUUGAGCGGCGUAGGCAGCAAAUAAUGGCAGCAGCUCCGGGGGAUCCUGGGCUGUCCAAAUUGCAGUUCGCCCCCUUUAGCAGUGCCUUGGACGUUGGAUUCUGGCAUGAGUUGACCCAGAGGAAACUGAAUGAGUACCGGCUGGAUGAAGCUCCCAAGGACAUUAAGGGUUAUUACUACAAUGGUGAUUCUGCUGGGCUGCCAGCUCGCUUAACAUUGGAGUUCAGUGCUUUUGACAUGAGUGCUCCCACUCCAGCCCACUGCUGCCCAGCUGUUGGAACGCUCUUUAACACCAACACACUCGAGGCUUUCAAGGCUGCAGAUAAGAAGCUACUUUUGGAGCAAGCAGCAGAUGAGAUAUGGGAAGCUGUAAAAUCAGGUGCUGCUCUCGAAAACCCUGUCCUCCUCAACAAGUUCCUCCUCUUGACCUUUGCAGAUCUAAAGAAGUACCACUUCUACUAUUGGUUUUGCUUCCCUGCUCUCUGCCUUCCAGAGAGUAUACCCCUCAUUCAAGGGCCAGUAGGCUUGGAUCAAAGGUUUUCACCAAAACAGAUUCAAGGCCUUGAGCGUGCAUAUGAUGAUCUUUGUCAAACAGAAGGAGUCCCAGCGCUACCUUACUUCUUAAUCAAGUAUGAUGAGAACAUAGUGCUGGUUUCCCUGCUUAAACACUACAGUGAUUUCUUCCAAGACCAAAGGACAAAGAUAACAAUUGGUGUAUAUGAUCCCUGUAACUUAGCCCAGCAUCCUGGAUGGCCUUUGAGGAAUCUUUUGGUCCUAGCAGCACACCGAUGGAGUAGCAGUUUCCAGUCUGUUGAAGUCCUUUGCUUCCGGGACCGCACCAUGCAGGGGGUGAGAGACAUUGCUCACAGCAUCGUCUUCGAAGUGAAGCUUCCAGAAAUGGCAUUUAGCCCAGAUUGUCCCAAAGCAGUUGGAUGGGAAAAAAACCAGAAAGGCGGCAUGGGACCGAGGAUGGUGAACCUCAGUGAAUGUAUGGACCCCAAAAGGUUAGCUGAGUCAUCAGUGGAUUUAAAUCUCAAAUUGAUGUGUUGGAGAUUGGUCCCUACUUUGGACUUAGACAAGGUUGUGUCUGCCAAGUGUCUGCUGCUUGGAGCUGGCACCUUGGGUUGUAAUGUAGCUAGGACACUGAUGGGUUGGGGCGUCAGACACAUCACAUUUGUGGACAACGCCAAUAUCUCCUACUCCAAUCCUGUGAGGCAGCCUCUCUAUGAAUUUGAAGAUUGCCUAGCAGGCGGUAAGCCCAAGGCCCUGGCUGCAGCAGACCGACUUCAGAAAAUAUUCCCUGGAGUGAAUGCCAGAGGGUUCAACAUGAGCAUCCCGAUGCCUGGACACCCAGUGAACUUUUCCAGCGUCACCCUGGAGCAAGCCCGCAGGGAUGUGGAACAACUGGAGCAGCUCAUUGAAAGCCAUGAUGUCGUUUUCCUGUUGAUGGACACCAGAGAGAGCCGGUGGCUUCCUGCCGUCAUUGCCGCGAGCAAAAGAAAGCUGGUCAUCAAUGCUGCCUUGGGAUUUGACACAUUUGUUGUCAUGAGACAUGGCUUGAAGAAACCUAAGCAGCAGGGAGCUGGGGACUUGUGUUCUGGUCACCUUGUGGCACCUGCUGACCUCCUGGGCUCAUCACUUUUUGCCAACAUUCCUGGCUACAAACUUGGCUGCUAUUUCUGCAAUGAUGUGGUGGCUCCAGGAGAUUCAACCAGAGACCGGACCUUGGACCAGCAGUGCACUGUGAGCCGCCCAGGACUGGCCAUGAUUGCAGGAGCCCUGGCCGUGGAAUUGAUGGUUUCUGUUUUGCAGCAUCCAGAAGGGGGCUACGCCAUUGCCAGCAGCAGUGAUGACCGCAUGAAUGAGCCGCCAACCUCUCUCGGGCUUGUGCCUCACCAGAUCCGGGGAUUUCUGUCACGAUUUGAUAAUGUCCUUCCUGUCAGUCUGGCGUUUGACAAAUGUACAGCUUGUUCUUCCAAAGUUCUUGAUCAAUAUGAACGAGAAGGAUUUAAUUUCCUAGCAAAGGUGUUUAAUUCUUCACAUUCCUUCUUAGAAGACUUGACAGGCCUCACUUUGCUGCACCAAGAGACCCAAGCUGCUGAGAUCUGGGACAUGAGCGACGAUGAGACCGUAUGACGUGGCCCACCCUCGCCGCCUGCUGAGGAACCCUUGGUUACUAGAACGGGACUGCUGCCCCCAGGACUGGUGAUUCUGGGCCCUGCGCCCCCCCAACCUUUGUGGUCUCCUCCUCUGCAUACCUUGAGGACCAGGGCCCCCGCUUCGCUGCCCAGGAGCAUCUGGCGUUCUCCAUUUCUCAUGACUCAUGAUCCUACCAGUCUGAGCUGAAUAAUAACCUUGGCUUUGGCAUUGCCCUUGAUCUGGGA